CGUUGAUCGCUCCCCAAGCUUGUCUUCGUUGAUCGCCUGACUAGGCUUCAUCUUGAUGAUUUGCUUCGGUGUUCUUCACCGGUCGGCACUGAAGGAAUGCAUUCGUCAUGGUGACUGGAAGCAAGCCUUGACGCUCUUGUUCAGCUCCCGCAGACAGCGCGUUCAGCCUGACAUCGUGAGUUACAAUUUGGUGCUGCAAGCCUGCCGCCGUGCAUCUCAGUGGCCCUGUGCAGUGGAGCUUCUGACGCACCUUCCGCUUUCUUCCGUCCGGAAGGAUGUGGUGACGGUCAGCACCGUGGUCUCAGCCCUGGAGGAGACGGACCACUGGGCUGCCGCGCUGGGCCUCUUGCGCGAGGCGCACGUGGAGGCGAUUGAGUUGAACAUUGUGGCGUUUGGAGCCGCCGUGAGCUGUGCGCGCCGCCAGUGGCGUUGGAGCUCCGCCCUGUUGCAGGAGGCCUUGGACCGAGGCUUAGAGCAGAGCCUCAUUGCGCACAACAACGGCCUAGCGGCCUGUGAGGAUGCGGAGCAGUGGGAGCAUGCCUUUGCUCUACUGGACACGGUCCAACGUUUGCGCUUGGAGCCAAGCACCGUGCUGGUGAGCAGUGCCAGCAGCGCCGCGUCGCGGCAUUGGCCCAAGACCCUGGAGCUGCUGGUGCAGGCCGUGCAGGCAGGCUUGAAGCUGGAUGCGGUGGCGCAGAACACCGUGAUCACGGCGGCCGGCCGUGGAGGCCGCUGGUCCUUGGCCUUGAAUGCUCUGGCGCAGGCGGUGGAGGCCCAGACUGUGGCGGUGCGUUCCUUCCGCGCUGCCAUCGCUGCGGUGGCUUGUGCUGGAUGGGAGUGCUGUCUCUGGCUGCUGUCCUCCAUGCGACGACCGUCGCCAGACCUGGAGUGCUACUCGGAGGCCAUGUUUGCCUGCGUGCAAAGUGCUGGGACCUGGGAGGUCUGCUUGAGCCUUUUGGAGGUGAUGUGGUCUCGGAGGCGUGGCCCUGAUCUGCGAGCUUAUGGAUGUGUGGCCAGGGCAUGUGGCUUGGGCCACGCCUGGCCGCACGCGGUGGGGCUGCUGGAGCUCAUGGACCGGCGCCAGCAACACGACGCUUCAGGCUCGGUCUGGAAUGCGGUGGCGUGGGCUCUCCAGGCCGCUGGCCGCGCGUUGCCCCCGGUGCCCGCGACCGUGUCGGUGGACCUGCGGAAGGAGCAUGAGGUGGUGAACUUCGUGCGACGUCGGGCGCAGGUGGGGGACUUGGAGGGUGUGCUGGCGGCCAUCGAGACCUAUGCCUCGGGGCGCAAGUGGCUGAAGGUGGCCGGUGGGCGCAAGGCUUCGCUCUUGCAGGGGAGCCUGCUGCCGGGCGACCGCAUUGUGGAGUUCGGCACGUACAUGGGCUACUCCGCGCUGUUGAUGGCCCAGCAGCUCCGAACGCUAGGCGGUGGUGGGCGCAUCCAGUCGUGCGACGUGAACGCGCUCACCUGGCCCUUCGCCAAUGAGUUGGUGCAUUGGGCCAACGUCCAAGGGGAGGUGCAGCUCCGGGUGGGCUCUGCCUGGGAUUGGUUGGCCAGUGGCCAGCUGGGGCAGAUGGAUGUGCUCCUUCUGGAUCACCGCGGCACCGUCUACCAGGAGGACCUCCGCUCGGCCGAGCCCGCGCUGCACCGGGGCGCACGGGUCCUGGCGGACAACGUGCUGCUCCCUGGGGCGCCUCUCUUCUUGGCGCAGGUGGCCGACGGCUACCACGUCACCAUCCAUGAGGUGAGUGAGUUCAUGCAGCCGGAGUUGGAGGACUGGGUGCUGGCCUGCACCCCCUCGCCCGCUGCAGCGCCGCACUCGUCUGUGGAGUACAGCGACCUCCGGGAACUCAGGCAGUGGUGCCGCGAGGUGGAUGCGAUUUGCUGGGCGUCUCGCCGGGAGGAGGUCGAUUGGAAGGGCUUCCAGGAGCAGCUCUCGCCAGCUCUCAGGUGCUGGUGCGCGCGGCAUGGCGUCGGCACGCUCCGCCGGAGUGGGGCCUUUCAGGAUCCGAGAGACUGGCCUGUGCGGCGGCUCCGUGAGGAGCUCCGGAAAAGGGGGCAGGCAGAUGCAGGUCCCAAGUCCGAGCUGGUGAAGAGGUACAUCCAAUGUGCCUGAGACAUUUGAGCCCGCCUUCCAGCCGAGCGCUCCGCAGAAGUCCCGGCGAUCCGAAGGUCACUGCGAGAGUCGAUGGGUGCCGCUGAUGGAGGCCGGGUGAAGAUCGUCAGGAUCCCCGUUUCAGCUGAACAAACACCGCACUGCGGGCCGCUGUGCCGGGCUGCGUUCCUCCGGCUGUCUGUCACCACUGGCAGAGCUCAUUCCCAGGCAUGACGUGCUUAAUAAUGGAGGGCCUUGGUGCUUCACUGAGCAGCUGCUUCCCGAAAACACCGAUGCCUUCCUUUGAGAGUGUAGUGUUGCACUUCCGAUUGGGCCGAUCUCCAACCUUCGUGACGACGACGAGGACCCGGACAGUCGUGAGCCCGGACAAGUGACCGGCUUCGAACACCGAAGGUCCCACCAUGGACAUCGCUGUGAGGAUGGCCUG